AUGGGAGUGCUGACUCACCACGCAGGGGCGUGGUGCCUGGUGAACCGUGCAGCGCAGCAGAGAUUCUCGCCGAGUCCCAAGGCACUGCUCCACCACGCAAGGGGCGUGUUGCAGGCUGCCUGCAUGCAGGGGACAGCCCCCCUCUCCGGGAACCAACGACCUCUUCUCCUUCUUCCUAACAGGAAUUUGUUGGUGCGUAAACUGGAUCCGUCACAGAUGUGGAAUCCGUUGGUAGAGAACCACUUACGCGCCACGGGAUUUUACCACGUAUCUAAAAUUGGAGUCAUAAGAGGAUUUCAUCCCAUGUUAGCUGCUCUGGUUGAAAGGUGGAGGCCUGAGACCCACACCUUUGUAUUGCCGAUCGGUGAGGUUACAGUGACAUUAGAGGAUGUCGCUAAUAUAUUCGGCUUACCCAUUGAUGGAGAGCCUGUCAGUGGAUGGACAGAUAGCAGUAACGAGUUCGUUCAAAGUCAGGACAUAGCGAUAUUCGGUCGUGUGCCAUCAGUCAGUCAAAAUGCGAAGUCCUAUAUAAAGCUGGGUUGGGUUCGACGUAUUAGAGAUGCCGAACUGUUGGACACUGAGGAGUCCAUCAAGCGAUAUGUGAGAUGUCAGAUCUUCUGUUUGUUAGGGUCGACUCUAUUCACAGACAAGUUGACCGCAUAUGCCCAUGCGAAAUAUCUACCAUUGCUUCGUGAUUUCGAGCGGAUCCAUACUUAUAGUUGGGGGUCAGCAUGUCUGGCACAUCUUUACAUAGCACUAUGCCGUGCAUCACGAUAUGAUACAAAGGAGAUGGAUGGAACCACAAACGAAAACGGAUUCUGGGACACAAACCUCACUCCCUCAUGA